AUGGUGGAGGUCUUAAUCACUGUAAUGAAUCCUCACACACUAUCAUCAUAUAAAAUCAUUGAAGAAGAUUAUACCACACCAGUCAUAGACACCAUCAACAUAACAAAUAUAAAAUUACCUUUUACAUUUCAUCGGACUGCUCAUCAAUCUCAUCAAGUUGAGAUGGCUUGCCAAAACACCAAGACAAAUCGCCGAUACAAAGAAAUGUGGUUCGUUCUCCUACAGCACAAGCUACGCCAUGAACUUGCUCUAUCUCCAAAUCUGUUUGGCAUACUCCACAAUGACACCAUUCAUUUCUGGGUAUCGACACCGGAAUACCAAUCGGGUGGUUCACUCUAUCCAAGUGCAUUCCGUCGUACCAUUGUCGGUAAUCUCGUUGUUAUUCCACUGAUUGUAACUGUUGUAUUUGCCGCCUACUGGGAAGUGUUGUUCCACUACAAGUCAAAGCACGGUGUACUAGAUGCCGACCAACAAGAUCUCAUUCGAUUCAAUCGCGACCACGAUUCCGGAGAAUCCAACUCUGGACAAUCGAUCGACCUUCAAAAAUCAAGCAUCCAAGAGGAUCUUCCACUCAGAAUCGACCAAACCGAAUUCUUUGACAAGUGUUACUCCUACCAAGAUUAA